GCUUCAUGGAGCCGAUUCGUGUGUGGAGUGAGUGAUCAGUUAUAGGCAAGCUAGUUCGCGGAUAUAAAGGAUUUCGUUUUGUGUACAACUGUGGAAGCCUUUUUGGAACAUGGUGCCGAGGCACUGGUAGAGGUAAACGCGAAAGGAAGAAGACGUCUACAGCCCCAAUUGGACUUACCACUCAUUGCCGGACAAAUGGUCAUGCCAGAAGUCAAUUUGACUAAGCGUGCUAGUUAACAGCUUAGUUUCUCAUCGACCAAUCAAAGCACCCCAAGGCUUGAUAUCAUCGCUGACUGCUUGUCCCCCUGUCAUUAUUGCGGACUCUGGACAAAUGACGUCAACCGCUGCGUACUUCAACGCCACCGUCGGCAGUAACAACACGCUGUCAGACAUGGGGGCUAACGCUUCUGAAGAAGUACCGACGGGCCUGCAGUUGUGGAGUUCAUGGUACCAACCCAUCCAUGGAUAUGCUGCCCCUUUAGUGUGCAUCUUCGGAGUUGUGGCAAAUGCUUUGAACUUUUUUGUUUUGACAAGCAAAAAUAUGCUAUCACCGACUAACGUUAUUCUUUCGGGGUUGGCCGUGUCAGAUGGACUGACAAUGGCAGCCUACUUCCCAUAUGCCAUACUUAACUACCACAUGUUUGCUACCCGUCCGUCCCCGUUAGCAAACGCCCGUUUUCUUUUGUUCUACGCCAUUUUCAGCGUCGUCGUUCACUCUAUUUCAAUAUGGCUGACGGUUUCACUGGCACUCUUUCGUUACAUAUUCAUACGCAAUCCUCGACACGGAGCCAAAUUGUGUAGUAUUCAGAGAGCCAAGCUGACAAUUGUGAUCGUAUCGGUAGUGACGACGAUUGCAUGUAUACCGAACAGCGUGUCCUACGAGUUCACCACGUAUGUGGAGAACAACGUUACGUCUUGGUACAUCGAUGUGAAGAAGGACACUCCUGCCUCAGUGUUCAUCAAGAACCUCAAUUUCUGGACACAAGCCCUCUUGGUAAAACUACUACCGUGUUUUCUGUUGACAAUACUAAGCGUGUGUUUGAUUAAGACAAUGAAGGAUGCGGAGAAGAGGAGGAAGAAGCUAUUGAAUAAGACCAAGAAAGCUGAUGACGACAACAAACGGCAAGGGAAAACCAACAGAACGACACGCAUGCUUCUCAUUGUCGUUGCAUUGUUUCUGUUGACUGAGAUUCCUCAAGGAAUCCUUCAACUGCUCAGUGGAGUCAUCGAUGGGUUUUUCAGAGAGGUGUACAGCCCGCUAGGGGAUUUAAUGGAUAUUCUCGCUCUCAUCAACAAUGGAAUAAACUUUGUCCUGUACUGUACAAUGAGCAAACAGUUCAGAGAUACGUUCAUUAAAAUAUUUCUAAAGGACAUACUGAAGGGAGGCGAGAAAAGGACGGCUCUUGUGCAAACCCAGGCUACACGGGACUCUGAUGUCUGA